UCGAAUAUGGGGAAUUCAGGCAUGAGCAGUGCCAAUAUGAGUGGACAUAUGAUGGGCCAACAUGGCAUGACUUCUGUCGGAAUGAAUAAUAGUGGAUGGGUGGGCCAGGCAUGCCGCCUAACUCUGGGAUGGGUGGUGGAUCAUCAAUGUCUAAUAUGAGUGGCCCUACAAUGAACACGGUAAACCCGAUAUCCAGCAGCAGCAUGGCUGGUCCUCCUAAUGUGAGCACGAAUAUGGUUCCUGCUUCAUUGGCUGGCCCUAAUAUGGGCGGCUCAUCAAUGGCUGGACUUUCAACAGGUGGGCCAGUAAACUUGCCAAAUAUGGGUGGGCCUAAUACCAGUGUUCUGCCCAACUCCUCUGGACAACCUCAAGUGGAUGGGGAGCAGUCUUCUCAGCAAGCAGGUGGCUACAACUCAUCAGGAGGAAGCAUGAAUACCCCCACCCCUGGGGGCCCCAAACAGACCCCCUUCACCGCAUCACAACUACACCAACUCAGGGCCCAAAUCGUGGCCUACAAGUACCUGGCACGCAGUCAGAAUAUCCCAGACAAUAUCAAGAUGGGAGUAGAGGGAAAACGCCCAUUUAGGCCAGACCCUAGUCAGAUGCAACCUCGACCUAACCAGCCAGGACCUGCAGGAAGUGGUCCCAGUGUGGGCCCGAGCCCUCAGCCAUCACAACCACCGCCCCCUAGCCAGCCACCACCGCCACCCUCAGUACAGGCAAUGAUCUCCUUGCAGCAGAAGCAGAACCGCAUCGCCCCUGUGGCCAAGCCUGUGGGCAUAGACCCUAUUGAGACCCUCAAGGAAAGAGAGCACAGAUUGGCGGGUCGAAUCUCACACCGUAUCCUAGAACUGGAGAAUCUGUCUGCUACUAUGGCAGAGGAUCUGAGAACUAAAGCCAUGAUAGAGCUGCGGGCUCUACGGCUGCUCAAUUUCCAGAGACAGUUGCGAUCUGAAGUCGUCUCUUAUAUGAGAAGGGACACAACUCUGGAGACGGCCUUGAAUACCAAGGCAUACAAACGUAGCAAACGUCAAUCUCUGCGCGAGGCUCGUGUCACAGAGAAACUGGAGAAACAGCAGAAACUUGAGCAAGAGCGCAAAAAGAGACAGAAGCACCAGGAAUAUCUGAAUGCAAUUCUGCAGCAUGCUAAAGAUUUCAAGGACUUCCAUCGUAAUAUUUCUGGCAAAGUGAGCAAGGUGAAUCGUGCAGUGAUGAUUUACCAUGCUAACACAGAACGGGAGCAGAAGAAGGAACAGGAACGCAUCGAAAAAGAGCGAAUGCGGCGUCUUAUGGCUGAAGAUGAAGAAGGCUACAGGAAGCUGAUUGACCAGAAGAAGGACAGAAGGUUGGCCUAUCUGCUCCACCAGACAGAUGAGUUCAUCCAUAACCUUACCAAGCUGGUACAGCAACACAAACUGGAUCAGAGAAAGAAAUUCAAGAAGAAGAAAAAGGUUCCCAAGAAGGAGGAUAGUGGUGAGGCACUGAAGGAAGGGAUGAUGGAUGAGGCCUCCACAACUAGUGAGAUCAGAGUACAUGUGGUAGAGACAGCCACAGGCAAAAUGCUGUCCGGUGACGAGGCUCCACUAGCCAGUCAGGUGGAAGCAUGGCUGGAGAUGCAUCCAGGGUAUGAGGUGGCCCCUCGUGACAGUGGGGAGGACUCGGAUGGGGACUCAGAGGACAGUGAGGAGCAAGAGGAAGAGACUAGAGAGGCGGAGAAGCCAGUAGAACAGCCCAUGGAUGACGUUGAGCUCAAAGUGGACGUGUCACGGGAGGAUGAUGAUGAGUAUAGACAUGACCUACAGAAUUAUUACAACAUCGCCCACACCAUUCGUGAGCAGAUCUCAGGACAGGCCAGUAUCAUGGUGUAUGGCAAACUCAAGGAGUAUCAGGUGAAAGGGUUGGAGUGGAUGGUGUCCCUGUACAACAACAACUUGAAUGGUAUCCUGGCUGAUGAGAUGGGCUUAGGAAAGACUAUCCAGACCAUUGGCCUCAUCACCUACCUGAUGGAGAAGAAAAAAGUCAACGGUCCUUUCCUGAUUAUAGUCCCUCUGUCAACACUUUCCAACUGGAUGCUGGAGUUUGAUAGGUGGGCACCAUCUGUUAUUAAAGUGCCGUACAAAGGAUCUCCCAACAUCAGGCGAAAUCUCAACCCUUUGCUGCGAUCAGGAAAGUUCAAUGUACUGUUGACGACAUACGAGUACAUCAUCAAGGACAAGUCAGUUCUGUCAAAGAUCCGCUGGAAGUACAUGAUAAUAGAUGAGGGUCACAGGAUGAAGAACCACCACUGUAAGCUGACCCAGGUUCUCAACACCCACUACACUUCUCCCCAUCGCCUUCUGCUGACUGGCACCCCCCUACAGAACAAACUUCCAGAGCUAUGGGCUCUGCUGAAUUUCUUGUUGCCUGGAAUUUUCAAGUCCUGUGCUACAUUUGAGCAGUGGUUCAAUGCUCCAUUUGCCAUGACUGGAGAAAAGGUGGAACUGAACAAUGAGGAAACCCUCUUGAUCAUUCGUCGUCUACACAAAGUGUUGCGUCCAUUCCUUUUGAGACGCUUAAAGAAAGAGGUGGAGUCACAGUUACCAGAAAAGGUGGAGUAUGUGAUCAAAUGUGAGAUGUCCGCCCUCCAGCGCCUUCUCUACAGACACAUGCAGAGUAAAGGAGUCCUGCUGACUGAUGGAUCAGAAAAAGACAAGAAGGGUAAGGGUGGAGCUAAGCAGCUGAUGAACACGCUGAUGCAGUUGAGAAAGAUCUGUAACCACCCAUUCAUGUUUCCACACAUCGAGGAGGCCAUUGCUGAGCAUGUGGGCAUAUCGGGAGGCAUUAUCUCAGGCCCUGACCUGUAUCGUAGUGGAGGGAAGUUUGAAUUACUGGACAGAAUUCUGCCCAAGCUGAAGGUGCGCAAUCAUCGUGUGCUGCUCUUCUGUCAGAUGACCUCAUUGAUGAGUAUCAUGGAGGACUACUUUGUGUACAGAGGGUUCAGGUACCUGCGUCUGGAUGGUACCACCAAAUCUGAGGACCGAGGCCACCUACUUGAGCUCUUCAAUGCCCCUGGCUCUCCAUACUUCAUCUUUCUACUGAGUACCCGUGCUGGAGGCUUGGGGCUCAACCUCCAGGUGGCUGACACCGUCGUCAUCUUUGACUCAGACUGGAACCCUCAUCAGGAUCAACAAGCUCAAGACAGGGCUCACCGUAUUGGUCAGCAGAAUGAGGUGAGAGUGCUGCGCUUGAUGAGUGUGAACUCUGUGGAGGAGAAGAUUCUGGCUGCUGCUCGCUACAAACUCAACGUGGAUGAGAAGGUCAUUCAAGCAGGCAGGUUUGAUCAGAAGUCCACAGGCUCCGAGAGGAGACAACUCCUACAAGACAUCCUGUCAAAAGACAAUGAUGAUGAAGAGGAUGAAGAUGAGGUGCCAGAUGAUGAAACCAUCAACCAAAUGUUGGCCAGAACAGAAGAAGAGUUUGAUCUCUACCAGCGGAUGGAUUUGGAGCGUCGCAGGGAGAGCUCGCGUGAUGCCAAACGUAAACCUCGUUUGAUGGAAGAGGAUGAGCUGCCUCAGUGGCUGCUUAAGGAUGAACAGGAGGUGGAGAGGUUGACAUUUGAGGAUGAAGAAGACAAGAUGUUUGGGCGUGGCUCACGACAGAGGAAGGAGAUUGACUACUCUGAUCAGCUGACUGACAAGCAGUGGCUAAGGGCGAUUGAAGAUGGAAAUCUAGAUGAGGUGUCCGAGAGGAGGAGGUCAACAAAGAAAUCCAAGAAGAGGAAGUCUGACCCGGAUGAUGGAGACAAGAAGACGCAAAAGAAACGUCGAGGACGUCCUCCAGUAGAAAAACCAAGUCCUAAUCCUCCCAAACUGACCCGCAACAUGAAGAAACUGCUGGACUUUGUCAUUAACUACAGAGAUAGGUCCGUUACCGGUGAUGACCGCAUCCUAAGCCAGGUCUUCAUGCAGCUGCCCUCACGGAAGGUCAUUCCAGACUACUAUGAUGUCAUCAAGAAACCUGUGGAUUUCAGAAAGAUUAAGUCUCGUAUUAAGGAGCAUCGUUAUCGCAGCCUGGAUGACCUGGAGAAGGAUGUCAUGUUACUAUGUAAGAAUGCUCAGACGUACAACGUGGAAGGGUCUGUGAUAUACGAGGACUCCAUUGUGCUGCAGUCAGUGUUCACAAGUGCCCGAGAGAGGCUGGAGAAGGGGGGUCAGUUCCCGUCUGACGAUGAGAGUGGGAGUGACGGGGAGGAUGUAGAGGGGGAGGGAGAGAGGGCAGAAGAGGAGGAAGAAGAGGAGAAUGGAGGCGAGGAAGACGAUGAAGAUGGUCAGUCUGUGAGGAUGAAGAUCAGGCUGGGCAAAGACAGUGCUAAGAAGAGUCAGGAGAAGAGCCGUCGUCGCAAGUCACGUCAGAUGAAGGCCAAGCCUGUGAUCAGUGACGAGGAUGAGUCUGAGGACUCAGGAGGAGAACAAUCUGAUGGAAGCGAGGCUGGGCCAAGUUCAAGAAGUUCAUCAAGAGUUUCCUCCCCUGCUCCCGGAAGUCAUCGCAAAAGACGUGAAGAAUGGAAAUACUAAGCGUCUUUCUCUUGGUGCAAAGUCAUUCUUGGAAUGACUUAGCUCAGCAAUUUUAUGUUCAUGUCACAUCACUUCCUGAUCAGUACAUCUUUGGAGCAGCUUGAUAGUUUACUAAGUUGGUAAUUAUAUUCAUGUAACCCUGGUGUCUAUAACUUAUCUGUCGGUGAAGGAAAUUUUUUGUGAAAGCAGAUUGUCACUAUGUAAACUGUUAAUUUACCUUGUGGUAUACUGUAUUGUUCACUGACAGGCGAGGUGCCGACAUCAUUCAGUGAUGAAGAGUGAAAUAAAAAAAUGCAGCGAAAUGUUCAGUUCACACAAAUUAGCCACAAUUUUCAUGCCCUCAUCAUGUCAUUCAUGUAGAGUUAUGUACACUUCGCUUUACACUUUGUGAAUAUUGGCCCCAAGUGAAAGAACUGUGUUCUCACAUACAUGUGUAUUUUCAUUGUGAAAAUUUGUCAACCGAAUCAAAUCAAGUUUUUCGUUGAAGUGUGACUUUUCAAGCAAUCAAAUGUUUUGAACCAUUUCUUCUGGAAAAAUUUCAACAUUGAUGAUAUAUAUAUAUAUAUAU